GAACGAAAAGGAAAGGUGACAGGAGGUGCUCUCUCUCUUGAAGACAUACAGUAUAACUGCUUCUGACCCGCUUUUCAAAGAAAAGGCAUCCAUCUCACCAGUAUUUGGUCUUCGCUUUCCGAAUUCAAUCAAGAAGCAAUCACAUCACAUAAUCGGGUAUGGAUUCUCCCUUCAAGCCCGAUGUACUGAGAGGCAAGGUAGCUCUGCUGACUGGAGGCGGGUCGGGUAUCGGGUUCGAGAUUUCUACCCAGUUCGGCAAACACGGAGCGUCCAUUGCUAUCAUGGGCCGCCGCAAGAACGUCCUUGACGACGCCGUCUCAGCCCUCCAAUCCCUCGGCAUCCCUGCCGUCGGGUUUGAAGGGGAUGUUAGGAAAAGAGAAGAUGCUCAAAGAGUUGUGGAAGCAACUGUGAAGCACUUCGGGAAGCUGGAUAUUCUUGUGAAUGCUGCUGCUGGCAAUUUUUUAGCGUCAGCUGAGGAUCUCUCUCCUAAUGGUUUUAAAACAGUGAUGGAUAUUGAUUCUGUUGGGACGUUUACAAUGUGUCAUGAAGCUCUUCCAUACCUUAAGAAAGGUGGACCUGGAAGAAACUCGUCUACAGGAGGAUUUAUACUGAAUAUCAGUGCGACGUUGCACUAUACGGCAGCCUGGUAUCAAAUCCAUGUAUCUGCUGCCAAGGCAGCUGUUGAUGCCCUUACAAGAAAUUUAGCCCUGGAAUGGGGUACGGACUAUGAUAUUAGAGUUAAUGGGAUUGCUCCAGGUCCCAUAGGAGACACUCCUGGCAUGAGUAAACUUGCACCUCAAGAGAUAGAUAGCAAAGCCAGAGACUAUAUGCCUCUCUUCAGACUUGGCACUAAGUGGGAUAUUGCCAUGACUGCUGUCUACCUUGCCUCAGAUGCCGGUAAAUUCAUCAACGGAAGCAUCCUACCGGUUGAUGGAGGGCUUUGGCUCAGCAGGCCUCGUCAUCUGCCCAAAGACGCCGUUAAACAGCUCUCUCGAACGGUGGAGAAAAGAUCGCGUGCAGCUCCAACUGCGCUUCCUACCAGCAGACUGUAGCCUAACCUGAAUGUUCAACAAUAUUGUCUGUCUACCUCUACCAAUUAAGAAUUGCAAACAUAAUACUUCUCAGAAAUUAACUUUUAUCACCUACUGUUUGUAAUAUGACUAUGUAAUCACCAUUCAGGAUUGAUCUUGUUUGAGAAGUUUUUGAUGUUUGAA